AUGGAAAGAAUAUAUCGAAACACUUUUAAUGAUGACAGACCCUGUUCCCCACCACCGAUAGAUCACAUACUGAAUGAAAAGGCUCCAGCAAUAACCAAAGACGAAGUUGUUCAUGCAAUAAAAGCGCAGAAAAGCGGAACAGCUACCGGUCCCGAUAAAAUAAACGUUGAAAUACCUAAAAUCCUUGCAGAUAACGAAAGCAGAAAUCUAGAUUUGGUAACAGCAUUAUUUAACAAAUUAUAUAGCUCAAGCAAAACACCGUCAGAUUGGCUUAAAUCAACAUUCGUAACUCUGCCAAAGAAACCCAACGCCUCACAAUGUGAUGACUAUCGGAUGAUAAGUCUUAUGUCCCACGUCCUCAAAACCUUUCUUAGAAUCAUCCACACUCGAAUCUACAAGAAGUGCGAAAAUCAGAUGGACAACACCCAGUUUGGCUUCGGAAACGGACUCGGAACGCGUGAAGCACUCUUCUCCCUAAAUGUAAUGACACAGAGGUGUAGAGACAUGAAUGUGAAUGUAUUUGCAUGCUUCAAAUCAUGA